AUAUUUUUAAGCAAAUCAAGCUGGUUUUGGAAGACAAGAUGACUACAGCUGCGGAAAGAAAAUAUAUUAAUAUCCGCAAAAGAUUGGAUCAGUUGGGAUAUCGCCAGACUCUGACAGUUGAGUGUUUACCUUUGGUAGAAAAACUUUUCAGUGACCUAGUUCAUACAACAGAAAGUCUUCGGAAAUCAAAAUUAUCUGCUGUGAAAGCUGAAAAAGAAAGUGCCAAUUUUGAUUUUGUUUUGGAACCUUACAAACUUGAAAAUGCAAAAUUGAGCAGGGAAAAUAAUGAAUUAUACCUGGAAUUAAUGAAGCUGAAAGAACAGUCAGGUCAACAAAUUAAAGAGUUGAAAACUACUUUAAAGAAGUGUACACGUGAAACAGCUGAUCUGAAAUUUUUAAAUAACCAGUAUGUUCAUAAAGUCAAACUUUUGGAGAAAGAGAGCAAAGCUAAAAAUGAAAAAAUUCAGCAACUCCAAGAAAAGAAUUUGCAUGCUGUAGUACAAACGCCAGGUGGCAAAAAAAGAAGUAUUGCUUUCAGGCGCCAGCGUAUGCAAAUUGAUGAGCCAGUCCCUCCCUCUGAAGUCAGCUGCUACCCAGUCCCUCAGCCUGAGGACCCUUACAUCGCAGAUCUCCUUCAAGUGGCAGAUACCAGAAUUCAAGAACUUCAACAGGAAGUCCAUCAGUUACAAGAAAAGUUAGCAAUGAUGGAAAGUGGACUGAGAGAUUAUAACAAGCAGAUUGAGUUAAGAGAACGAGAAAUAGAACGUCUGUCAAUUGCAUUGGAUGGUGGUCGCUCUUCUGACAUUCUUUCUCUGGAGACUAGAAAUAAAAGCAAUGAAAAACUUAUUGCUCACUUAAAUAUUCAGGUUGACUUUCUUCAGCAAGCUAAUAAAGAUUUGGAGAAACAUAUACAAGAGCUUAUGGAAACCAAGGAAACAGUGACUACUGAAGUUGUUAACUUAAGUAACAAAAAUGAAAAACUUUGCCAAGAAUUAACUGAAAUAGACCAGUUAGCUCAGCAGUUGGAAAGACAUAAAGAAGAAGUGCUUGAGACUGCUGAUAAGGAACUUGGGGAAGCAAAGAAAGAGAUUAAAAGAAAGCUCUCUGAAAUGCGGAAUCUUGAGGAAACAAUGGCAAAACUUCAGUUGGAAUUAAAUUUAUGUCAUAAAGAAAAAGAAAGACUGAGUGACGAACUUCUUAUAAAAUCAGACCUGGAAACUGUUGUUCAUCAACUUGAAGAAGAAAAGCAAAGGCUUACCAAAAAAAUUGAAAGUUUUUCAGUUACAGAAAGAGAACUUACUUUGGAAGUUGAGAGAAUGAGGCUAGAACAUGGAAUAAAACGUGGAGACAGAUCACCUUCUCGUUUAGAUACAUUUCUGAAAGGUAUAGAAGAAGAACGAGACUAUUAUAAGAAAGAACUAGAAAGACUCCAACAUAUAAUACAGCGAAGAUCUUGUUCUGCAAAUUAUUCUGCACGUGAAAAAAUAAUAUUUAAAGCACCAGAAAAGGGUGAUUACAAUUCAGAAAUUCAUCUGAUCACAAAGGAAAGAGAUGAACUUCAGUAUAUGCUAGAAAGAUUUGAAAAACAUAUGGAAGAUAUACAGUGUAAUGUUAAAUUAUUGACAGCAGAAAGAGAUAAACUAAGCCACUUAUAUAAAGAAGCUCAGGAAGAAUUAUCUGUAUUAAGACAAGAAUCUUCCCAAACCACAGUCUCCCACAAUAUUAUUAGUCUUAUGGAAAAGGAAAAAGAACUUGCAGUAUCUGACUUAAGGAGGAUUAUGGCAGAAAAAGAAGCUUUAAAAGAAAAAUUAAUAAGUCUCCAAGAAAUGAGUCAUUUUGGAAACUCAGAAUUAGAGGAAAUUAUUGAACAUUUGACAUGUGUUAAUCACAAGCUUGAAAAAGAAAAAUGCGAAUUGAGGUCUAAAAUGUUAAUAAUGAGAGAAACAAUAGAGUCAUUAGAGAACAAAGCAAAAUUCCAAGCCCACAAACUCAGCCAUGUAGCUGGUGAUGCCUCUCUUCAGAAAACAGAGAUGAACUCACUCAGGAUAGUAAAUGAGCAACUGCAGCGGUCACUUGAUGACUAUCAACAUCGACUUUCUGAGCAAAGAAGUGAAGUUGAAUUAGCCCAAGCACAAAUUAAAACACUGGAGGAGAAAAUAGGUAAUCUACAUCUUAAGAUGACUUCACAGAAUGAGGAGGCUCAUGUAAUGAAAAAGACCAUUGGCGCUAUUGAUAAGGAGAAAGACUUUCUUCAGGAGACUGUAGAUGAGAAGACCGAAAAGAUUGCAAACUUGCAAGAAAACCUAGCUAAUAAAGACAAAACUAUUGCUCAGAUGAAGAUAACAGUCUCUGAAUUCGAAUCUUCUCUGAACCAGCUAAAGGAAACAUUGGCUCAUCGAGACCGUGAGAUAACCAGCCUCCGGCGCCAGCUGGAUACAAUUCACAAAGAACUUGAUGAAGUAGGAAAAUCUAAAGAAAUAGCUUUUAAGGAAAACAGACGAUUACAAGAUGAUCUGGCUACAAUGGCAAGAGAAAACCAAGAAAUCUCAUUGGAAUUGGAAGCAGCAGUGCAAGAAAAAGAAGACAUGAAGAGUAGAGUUCAUAAUUACAUAACUGAGGUGUCACGAUGGGAGAGCUUAAUGGCUGCUAAGGAAAAAGAAAAUCAAGAUUUGUUAGAUAAGUUUCAGAUGCUUCAUAAUCGUGCAGAAGACUGGGAGGUGAAGGCCCAUCAAGCUGAGGGAGAGAGCAGCUCAGUUCGACUGGAACUUCUUUCUAUUGACACAGAGAGGAGGCACCUACGAGAAAGAGUGGAACUAUUAGAAAAAGAAAUUCAGGAGCACAUAAAUGCACAUCAUGCUUAUGAAUCUCAGAUCUCAUCAAUGGCAAAAGCUAUAUCUACACUAGAAGAACACCUGAGACAUCAAGAAGAUGAGAAAGCAUCAGCAAUAAAUGAUUUGUCAUCUCUUAGAGAACUGUGCAUUAAGCUUGACUCAGGCAAAGAUAUUAUGACUCAACAGUUGAAUGCCAAAAACCUUGAGUUGGAGAGGGUUAUAGCAGAAUUAGAAAAUGUAAAAUCAGAAUCAGACCUGUUAAAAAAACAACUGUUAAGUGAGAGACAUACAAUUAAAAACCUUGAGUCAUUGUUGGCUACAAACAGAGACAAAGAAUUUCAGUCUCAUUUAACCUCCCAUGAAAAGGAUACAGAAAUUCAGCUACUGAAAGAGAAGCUAACCCUUUCAGAAAGCAAAUUAAGUAGCCAGAGCCGGGAAAAUACCAUGCUUCGUGCUAAAGUAGCACAGUUCCAGACUGAUAUUGAUACUCUCAAGAGGCAGAUUUCAACUGAAAGAUAUGAACGAGAACGAGCAAUCCAAGAGAUGCGUCGGCAUGGUCUUCCCACACCACCAUUUAGUUCUACUCUAAAGUCUCCUUUGCAUUCUCCUGAGAGUAUGAAUUAAUGCUUAGCAGAAAGAAUGAUGGUUUUUCAGUCGUUGGCUAUGUGGAUUUUUAAAAGGACAAAACAGUAAUGAAAUAAUUCAAGUACUUGUUCCUGAAAAUCAUGAACAUUGACACAAAUUCUACCUCUGUCAACUUUUAUUUAAAUCAGUGAAUAUUUAUGUAAAAAAAUUUUGGUUUAAAAGAGCUAUAUAUAUGUAUAUAUGUGACAAACAAAAUACGCAUUAAUAUUGCUAACUGAUAUUGUAACUGUGUUUUUAUUAUUCCUGACUUACUCCUCAAAGUUUGUUUGCACUGAUCAUUAACACAAUGUAUUGUUCACAUUAUGCUUUAA